GGCCCCGCAGUUUGCUGUGCGCAGGCCGUCCGAGCCCCGCCGUGCCGUCCGCGGGACACGUGGUCAUCAGGAACCAUGAACAACCCAUUCGCACACCUCGCCGAGCCUUUGGAUCCUGCAAAACCAGGAAAGAAAUUCUUCAAUUUGAAUAAAUUGGACGAUUCAAGAUAUGGACGCUUACCAUUUUCUAUCAGAAUUCUCCUGGAGGCAGCCGUUCGGAACUGUGAUCAAUUUUUGGUGAAGAAAAAUGACGUUGAAAAUAUCCUGAAUUGGAAUGUCAUGCAGCAUGAGAACAUAGAGGUGCCGUUUAAGCCCGCCCGCGUCAUCCUGCAGGACUUCACGGGUGUGCCUGCUGUGGUUGACUUUGCUGCCAUGCGUGAUGCUGUGAAAAGGUUGGGGGGAGACCCGGAGAAAAUAAACCCUGUCUGCCCUGCUGACCUCGUAAUUGAUCAUUCCAUCCAAGUCGACUUCAGCAGAAGGGUAGACAGUUUACAGAAGAAUCAAGACCUGGAAUUUGAAAGAAAUCGAGAACGAUUUGAGUUUUUAAAGUGGGGUUCCCAGGCUUUUCGCAACAUGCGAAUUAUCCCCCCUGGCUCAGGAAUCAUCCACCAGGUGAACCUGGAGUAUUUGGCAAGAGUGGUAUUUGAUCAGGAUGGAUAUUAUUACCCAGACAGCCUCGUGGGCACGGACUCGCACACCACCAUGAUUGACGGUUUGGGCGUUCUCGGCUGGGGUGUGGGGGGCAUCGAGGCGGAAGCCGUCAUGCUGGGUCAGCCCAUCAGCAUGGUGCUUCCCCAGGUGAUUGGCUACAGGCUGAUCGGAAACCCCCACCCUCUGGUAACGUCCACUGACAUCGUGCUGACCAUCACCAAGCACCUCCGCCAGGUCGGGGUCGUGGGCAAGUUUGUCGAGUUCUUCGGGCCGGGAGUCGCCCAGUUGUCCAUUGCUGACCGAGCCACGAUCGCCAACAUGUGUCCAGAGUAUGGAGCGACUGCUGCCUUUUUCCCGGUGGAUGAAGUUAGCAUCAAGUACCUGGCGCAGACGGGUCGCGAUGAGGAGAAGGUGAAGUACAUUAAGAAAUAUCUUCAGACAGUGGGAAUGUUUCGGGAUUUCAGUGACUCCUCUCAGGACCCGGAUUUUGCCCAGGUGGUGGAAUUAGAUUUGAAAACAGUAGUGCCUUGCUGCAGUGGACCCAAAAGGCCUCAGGACAAAGUCGCCGUGUCAGACAUGAAAAAGGACUUCGAAAACUGCCUUGGAGCCAAGCAAGGGUUUAAAGGGUUCCAGGUUGCUCCGGACCAUCAUAACGACCAGAAGACGUUCAUCUAUAAUGACAGCGAAUUCGCCCUCGCUCAUGGCUCCGUGGUGAUCGCCGCCAUCACCAGCUGCACAAACACCAGCAAUCCGUCUGUGAUGUUAGGAGCAGGCUUGUUAGCCAAGAAAGCUGUGGACGCCGGCCUCAGCGUGAAGCCUUACAUCAAAACCAGCCUGUCUCCUGGGAGUGGCGUGGUCACCUACUACCUGAGAGAAAGCGGAGUCAUGCCCUACCUGUCUCAGCUGGGGUUCGACGUGGUGGGCUACGGCUGCAUGACCUGCAUCGGCAACAGCGGGCCCUUGCCGGAGCCCGUGGUGGAAGCCAUCACUCAGGGAGACCUUGUGGCUGUUGGAGUUCUCUCUGGCAACAGGAAUUUUGAAGGUCGAGUCCACCCCAAUACCCGGGCCAACUAUUUAGCCUCGCCGCCCUUAGUGAUAGCGUACGCAAUUGCGGGGACCGUCAAGAUCGACUUCGAGAAAGAGCCGUUGGGGGUGAAUGCCAAGGGACGAGAGGUUUUUCUGAGAGAGAUCUGGCCAACCAGAGAGGAGAUCCAGGCGGUGGAGCGCCAGUACGUCAUCCCUGGGAUGUUCAAGGAGGUCUACCAGAAAAUAGAGACUGUGAACGAAAAGUGGAAUGCCUUAGCAGCCCCGUCAGACAAGCUGUAUUACUGGAACCCCAAAUCUACGUACAUCAAGUCACCACCGUUCUUUGACAACCUGAUGUUGGAGCUGCAGCCCCCUAAAUCCAUUGUGGAUGCCUAUGUGCUAUUAAAUUUGGGAGAUUCAGUGACCACUGACCACAUCUCUCCGGCUGGAAACAUUGCAAGAAACAGCCCAGCUGCUCGCUACUUAACUAACAGAGGCCUGGUCCCCCGAGAAUUCAACUCCUACGGGUCCCGCCGAGGCAACGACGCCGUCAUGGCGCGGGGCACAUUCGCCAACAUCCGCCUGGUGAACAAGUUUCUGAACAAGCAGGCGCCGCAGACCGUCCACCUGCCUUCUGGAGAAGUUCUGGACGUGUUCGAUGCCGCUGAGCGGUACCAGCAGGCGGGCCUUCCCCUGAUCAUUCUGGCCGGCAAGGAGUACGGCUCAGGCAGCUCCCGGGACUGGGCAGCCAAGGGCCCCUUCCUCCUGGGAAUCAAAGCUGUCCUGGCUGAGAGUUACGAGCGCAUUCACCGCAGUAACUUGGUCGGAAUGGGGGUGAUCCCCCUGGAAUACCUCCCUGGGGAGACUGCCGACACCCUGGGGCUCACGGGGCGCGAGCGAUACACCAUCAGCAUCCCGGAAAACCUCAGACCACGAAUGAAAGUCCAGGUCAAGCUGGACACCGGGAAGACCUUCCAGGCCGUCAUGAGGUUUGACACCGACGUGGAGCUCACUUACUUCCUCAACGGGGGCAUCCUCAACUACAUGAUCCGCAAGAUGGCCAAGUAGGCCCUCGGUUCGUGGGAAGCCUGCCCUGGGAGCUGCCCCGGAGCACCGCGGCGCCACCAGCCCGCUGAGCCCCGCACAGAAGCCGGUGCCCUGCCUCCACGCAGGGGCUGCUGGCAGACGGGGCGCGAGCCCUGGCGUUCUGGUGCCAUCCCUCCGGGCCCAAGCUCAGCAGUCUCUUCAUUCUCUGGUUUUGUUCCUCUUUUUAUCUUUCUCGAAUCUGGAAACUAGCAUGGUGGGAUGUCAGUACUUCCAGGAAGAACUGAGCUCGUCUUUAAGUUGACUGAUCAUAGAAUGUUGAUUUUUGUACUCUUAGCUCAUGUUGCUGAACACAGAUAAGUCUUCUCAGAAGGUAUUUCCUGUGCUCUUUGUUUCUCGAUCCUGAGCUCAGUGAAGCCUUUUCCUCGAGGGGCACUUGCCUUUGCCUCUCACACCAGUGUUAACUGACAUGGGUAGAUGUGAACUUUGCACACUUCAGGUCACCCGGUGAUUGUGAUUCUCCCGCCCCUCUCCUUCAGCGUGAAUGAUCGAGACCUUGUGGACAGGUCCAUUGUUGAAACUUUUUCAUUAUGUACCUUUGGGUGGAUCAAUAUUAAAGAAAUGUGAAGCUUUCUUGUACUAUCUUUAAAACUUUUCCCCAGAAAAUUCUUUCAUUUGUCAAGAUGAUAACUUGGGGAGGUGGUUUUGCAGAGAG